GUGGGGGAAAAAAAAGAUUCCGUUUACUGUAAUAUUUAGAUGGACGUAUGUGAAGCUGGCAUGAAUAUCAAGAAGCAAAGCACCAUAAACAUUAAGGAGGAGGAGUGGGAGCCCGUCCACCUUAAACAGGAGACUCUCUGCAUUAAGGAGGAGGACUGUGAACUGGGGACAGUGGACAUUAAAGAAGAGGCUGAAGAGAAGUGUGUCGGCAUUGAGACGAGCAAACUUAAUAGCGUAAAGGGCGUUAAGGAAGAAGAUCUUCACAGUGGGCGUCAAAGUGAUGGUGGUGUAGUGGUGACAGGAUUAGUCUCAUCUCAAAGCAGGGACUGUUCAUCUGUGGAGUCUCCUAUAGAUGUGAAGUCUGAAUCAUUACAGUCUGACACAAGGGGGACGGAGGAAAUGUCAUCUGUUCAAACUCGGGAACGUCGGCCACCACCUACAAGUCAGUCUGGAGGAAGAGACAAACCUCACUGCUGUUCUGAAUGUGGCAAACAAUUCUCCCACAGGGGCACUCUUGGAAGACACAAAAAAAUUCACACAGAAGAGAAGCCGUACUGUUCAGAAUGUGGCAAACAAUUCACACGAAUCACCAGUCUUCAUAGGCACAGAAAAAUUCACACGGGUGAAAAGCCCUAUUGCUGCUAUGAAUGUGGCAAACAAUUCUGUGACAAGAUAACCCUUCAGAGCCACAGUAGGAUCCACACUGCAGAGAAGCCGUAUUGCUGUUUCGAAUGUGGGAAGCGAUUCUUGCGAAGUGACAGUCUUCAGUGCCACAUAAGAACUCACACUGGAGAGAAACCAUAUUGCUGCUCCGAAUGUGGCAAACAAUUCUGCGACCGGAGGAAUCUCCAGAGCCACACAAGGAUUCACACAGGAGAGAAACCAUAUUGCUGUUCUGAUUGUGGCAAACAGUUCUCGCAUAGCAACAACCUACAGAGACACACAAAAAUUCACACAGGAAAGAAGCCCUACUGCUGUUCUGAAUGUGGAAAAGGAUUUUCCCAAAUGGGCCAUCUGCAGCGCCACAUAAGAAUUCAUACUGAAGAUAAAUACUCAAAAUAGAAAGGCCAAAAAAGAAAAAUGCAGACUGAGAUUAGUGUUAAGUGAAGUAACCAAGAUUAUAUCCGUGCAGGCCUCGGGAAUUUCCUUACCGCCCACCACAGAAUCCAAUUAAUAGAAUAAUUUGAUUCAUUGAUAGGAUGCAGAGCUGGUGGCAGAAAAAAAAAAACUUUGUGUAGGGGUCCCUUUUGAAAGAAAUUACAAAGUAAAAGAUUUAAUCAAAUCAUUCAUUCUGUAGUCAUCCAAGCGAGUGAAGGCCAUGACAACAGAAUUUUGGGGUUCCAAACAGGGCCCGCCCUGUUUACUUUCAGUUACAUACAUAAAAAAAACAACCCUGAAUGGUGUAAAGAAUCCACAGAAGUUAGUCGCCACGUAAAGAGUGUGGCUUCUUGUUUGACCCACUUUGUCUAUUAGGUCGACUGUUAUGAGGCUCCUUACUUUUAGGUCAUCUCUCUAUUAAGUGAUGCAGUCAUCCUUUUGUAGCCUGGGGACCGUAAGGGGUGGAGUUAGUUGCCCUCAUAGGGCACCGUGGGGGAAGAAAAUGACAAGACAGCGGUAGCGCCCCCUCUCGGCCUGGGGUGGUAUCACAUACCAGGGAAGAACUUGGAUGGUGACCCUCGAGUGCACAUGCAUGACAAUACAUAAUGUGUGUGUGUUAUAUGUUAAACAUGCUGAUCGUUCUCAUUUUAUUACAUUUUCCAGUUUAAAAACACAAGACUUGACAACAUAAUAAAAUUACAUAAUUAAAACACAGGAUACGUCUGAGAAUCCUAAGUGAACUAGAAUUGUGUUCCUCAUUUGCUGGUUAGUGAUUCAGUUUGUGAACGGUCCACCUUGUUCAUGUGUAACGACGUAUUUCGAGCUCAAAAAUAAA